CGUGACAUGCUUCCAGGAGAAGGAGAAGCAAUGGCAUUUUACGCUUCGACAGGUCAACGUAUACCACGUCGUGGAGAAAUAGGUUUAGACGCAAAAGAUAUCGAACAAUACGAAUCAUCAGGUUAUGUAAUGUCUGGUUCUAGACAUCGUCGUAUGAACGCUGUCAGAUUGAGAAAAGAGAAUCAAGUGAUCAAUGCAGAGGAGAAAAGAGCUAUUUUGAAAUUACAAAAAGAGGAGAAUAUAAAGAAAGAAGGUAUGAUUAUUAGUCAGUUUAAAGAGGUCAGUUGUGUUUUUUUAUUUCUUUCUUUGUUUGACUUUUCCUACACUGACCUUUUCUUUUCACAGACUGAUAUCACUCUACUCCUGCUUGGUUGGCAUCGAGACACUAAAUAUAUAUCUUCGUAUUUUCUGUUCUUCCUUUCUUCAAGCCAAAGAGGAGGGAGGGGAGGAGGUGGGAUGAUUACAGUCUGUACAUAA